UGUAGGUGAGACUCCACUGUUAGUUCGUAGACAGCAGAGCAAGGGAAGCAGAGAGAGGGAGUGACUGAGUUAUUACCUGAAGGAUCACAAAGACAAGAGAAAGGUCAUAGCUGUUGAUGCUCUAUCAGUUGGCCAAAUACUGCCCCCUGGACAAAAAAAGCACCUCCUCUGGAAAUACAACAGACAUUGUAUCAAAACUACUACUAAUACCACUCCCUGCAGGUGCGUAUCAGAAAACCAGAGGGAGAGUAAACCAUGGAGGUCACCAAGGUCUGGCACACCCAGGCCCUGGACCCAGUGUCCGAGGAGGAUGAGCAGGAGUUGGACCCUUCCUCCGGCGGGGACAAGCCAGAGUGCUCCAUCUGUUUCAACACCUAUGACAAUGUCUUCAAGACGCCCAAGCUGCUGGACUGCACCCACACCUUCUGCCUGGAGUGUGUCACCCGGGUCAUGGCCGUGUCUGUGGAACAGGACGGGGGCCAGAUCCCCUGCCCCCUCUGCAGGCACCUCACCUCCAUCCCCGCCAGCGGUCCCCCUGCACUCCUCACAAGCCUGGAGGUUCUGGGCAGGCUCCCCACCCACCUGCAGCAGGAGGAGAGGGUGUGGAUGGAGGGGAAGAAGCUGUGUUACUCCAGCCUCGGCAGCCCUGACCCCCUCCACCCUGCCGGCUCCUCCACCUGUAUCUGUAUCGACAUUGGGAGGAUCCAGGAGGAUGCUGUGUCCAGACAGACUGAGGCUGAACAAGGGAGACGCGUCUGGGGCAGACGAUGCCUCUGUAGCUUCUUCUCAGACUGGAAGCGGCUGRUGUUGUUCGUGGUGCUGCUGGUCAUGCUGGUGUGUGUCAUCAUGUGGCCGCUGCAGUGUGUCUUUAGUACAGGAUCGGUUCGUUGUUUGAAAAGCAAGGCUCCAGCCACUCUGGGGCAGACCCCUACUCCCUCUACAGCUUCCACCAACACUUAGCUGCUACGGUGAGAUAAGGAGGGGAGACCCAAUGUGCAGCAAAGGGCCUGGGGGCACCUUAUUAUCGCAGGUGACUCUGACUGGCACAGCAGGACUGUGAAGGAUGAGACUGAAAGACAAGCUAGCUCUCCUGGUGAAAUKACUUCAAAUGAGCCAUAGAGAUCCUAUUCAAUUACUAAAUGGGCUACAUUGAGCUCCAAAAGUAUUGGGAC